GGCGGUCCAAUACAUGCUCACAAAGAGCACUGGGCCACACAGCAUCAGCUGUUAAAGCUCUCCUAUAAAUAGCUCAACACUGUUUGUGGACCAUUAUAACAGCUGCUGCAACUUAAAAGCUUAAUAUACAACGCAUCAAGCACAGAGCUUUUUAGGACAGCUGAUUCUUAGAAGAUCUUAACAAGGAUUAUCUGGAUUAGUGUUUCUAUUUUACAUUUUUUUUUUUAGCACUUAAAAAAAAAAUAUAAGAUUUUUGAGGAUUAUAUCAUGCUGUAGACUCUGGUAAAUUCUAUCUGCCCAAUAUCAGAAUGUACUCCUCACCUGCUGAAGCAUUCACUACAGUGCUGAAUACAGAAACCUGGCAAAAAAAUUGGUAGAGAAGCCAAAGAAAAAAAAAAACCUUACCAAUUACUAAUCUCUUAAAAACCCCCCAAAAAAAACUUCAUCACGCAAAAAAAAAAUCAAUGGACGGAUGAAGCUAAAACCAGUAAAAGUGAUCAUCGGUUUAUUUUCACAAAUGGAGGAUAAAUUGGCAGAAAGUGAUUCAAUACCAAAACAAACCGCCUGAUCACUGCAGGAUCUCUAAUGGAAGGAAACAGCAUGGAGAUUCUUCUAAUGGAAGGAAAUUGAAAAAAAAAUGCAGUGGUCAGUUGGUUUCAGUGUUUUUUUGAAAUAGAAGAUCGAGAUAUUUUUUUCAUGGCUUUCUUGACUACUGGGAUUUAUGAACCGCAGGUGCCCCUUCCGGAAAUCAACAUCACAAACUCCAACAGCAGUCUCAACAUGACACAAGGAUAUCUAGUGUUUCAACCUCAAGUGCCCAUUGAUCCUGAGUCACUGCACCAAAAGACCCAAAGGGCUACUGUCAUAGCGUUUAUGGGAAUUUUCAUCUUCAUUACUCUCACUUUGACCACGGCAGUGAUUGUGUUCUGCAAGAAAAAGAAUUCGGUGUUUUUGCUUCAAAAGUCGGAUUUGCAUGCCGACUUGGAUUUAGAACUUGAGGAAAUCCAGACUGACAUUUCCGACGAUUUUGGAAGUUUUUCUUUGGAGAUAACCGAUGUAAAGCCAAGCCCGAGUGUGUCAAAUCCUCAAGAUCUGGGACAAUACGAAGCACUAUUGUCCGAUACAAGUACUUUAAAACAAUCCAGAAGUUUACCACUAAAUUUAGAUUCUGGACAGAAGUCUAAAAACCUGCAGCAUUCUCAUACAAAGUCGGAGACUUGCCAUAAUCUCCAGAGGACCUCUUCCCACUUGGCUUCAGUUCAAAGUGAUUUGGAUACAUUACAUCCGGAACAACUGGAACAGAGUGAAAUUUCACAGGAAUCUAGUGGGCUGCUAAGUGAACUGACAGACAGACAGACACUGCCUGCAGAACAGCUAUAUGUUUUCCCUGCGAAUAAAAAUUCCUUUCAGGAAGAACAAAUUUACCCAUGAUUUCUAACUGCCUAUGUAUAUUAGUUACUGUAUGGUAAAUAUUGCAUAAAUUGGUAUGUUUUUACCUUAUAUUCCAAUUUUUCAAAAGGACCUCUUGUCAGAAUUAAAUUCUUGCAUAUAACUUUUUAAAUGUUUUUCUUUACUUAUGUUUAUGGUCACCUCCCAAUUACAAAAAAUGUAUAUAAUUACCUUUUUUAACUUUUAAUUUUUGAAAAGGAGCAAGAAUUUCAAUGGCAUUAUAACAAUGGAAAAAUAUAUGGAACACAAUCUGGUUUUUUGAUUUUUUUUUUUUUAAAGAAGCGAGGAUUCAUAUGACAAUUAUAAUGUUGAUAAAUUUUUGAAUAUUAAUAUACUUAAUAAACAAUCUGUGGGAAAAUCAUGUUGUGAAGAAACAUCCUGGUAAACAAAUGG